GUGCUUCAGUGCCUCUGUGCCUAGUGACUACAGCAGCAGUCUCUCCGUUGUGUGUGUGCCUCGCCGCCUCGCCCCCGGCCUUGCCUGGGAUAGGAACCGCUUGUGUUGCUGUUGAGCUCAGACCAUAAGUGACAAGUGUGUCGAACAGCUCCCUGCGCAUCUCGUUGUACAUGAGACGUCGGCACGCGAACAUGCCGCCCUCUCCGCCUCGAAGGAACAAGGUGGACCAACGGGGCGAGGGAUGGGGCGCGUGGAUUCGAGUGACCGCUUGUUGCGUCCUCAUCUCUGUGACUGUGGGGACAGUAGUGCCCCGGUUGGCAGGCGGCCUGGGUGGUGAUGAGGAAACAGCGGGGCCGUCUGCGGGGUUCGUUGACGUGAGGGUGCCAGCCGAGACCGUGCCUGUGAGCCUCGGGAGACCCAUCGGAUCAGUCGCAGGGGGCACGCUGGACGCUCAGGUGUUCAUGUGCAGCUUGGACCGGGAUACAUACUUCCACCAGCCGUACAAGUAUCCCAUGUUUAAGGACCUGGUGAAGCUGUCCGGUGGGUGUCAGGGAGCACAAUCUACAGCUACUAGCAUCUCCAAGCUGCAAGAUGAGAUCGACGCUAACCCUGAGGGCUACCUGGAGCCAACGGGGUUCGUGUUCCACAUGUCGCGGUGUGGCUCUACCCUCACGGCGAACCUCAUGGGGUCCUCCCCCCAUAAUAUUGUCUACUCGGAGUCCAAGCCGCCAGUCGCUGUUAUGUCGCUUUGCGAUCAAGUGGGCUGCACGGAGGAACAGAGGGUGGCAGCGCUUCGCACGGUUAUUCUGGCCAUGGGCAAGACAUCCUUCCACAAGCACAUGUUCUUCAAGUUCCAGUCUAGCCAGACCCGGUUCAUCCACUACUACCGGAAGGCCUUCCCCAACACACCAUGGGUCUUCGUGUAUCGUGACCCUGUGCCGGUGAUGAUGUCGUUGCUGGGCUUCAAGGCUGGAAUGACCCAACGUCCGAGCCGAAGUACGCCGUGCCUGCGCUCCAUGGGUUCGCCCCCCGAUGAGACCGCGAAGCUGUUGGGGAUGUCGACGUCAGAGGCUAAGAAAGCUCCGUUCGAGCGCUAUUGCGCCGCACACUUGGCGACGCUGGUGGAGUCGGCGUUGGAAUCCGUGGAUGACGCCGCCGCAAGCGGGGGGGCUGAAGGGCAUGCGGUAGACUAUGAAACCCUUCCUAACGCCAUCGUUCCCGUGAUGUCGGAGCUAUUCAAGGCGCCACUCACGCCGGAAGAGGAGUACUACGCGCUCGAGAUAUCGAGCUGGUACGCCAAGUCUCGUGGGGAGGCGUACAAUUUCUCCCCCGACACCAAGGCGAAAGAGGACCAUGCGUCCCCCGAAGUCGAGCAAGCGGCUCGCAGCAUUCUCGAGCCCUUCUACCCCCGCUUACACGAGGCUGGAGUUGCGGCCUCAUCAAUCCCUAAAGAGCUAGCGGUGGGGUUUUCCCCCGGCAACAAGCGCAGUGCACAGGGGGAGGCACCUUCGAUUCCGCAGAUUAGUGACGAGGAGUUUUACGCGACGCCGGAGCACCUGCGGGGACUGGACAGGGUGGUGGACCCUCUCGCUCCGGAUUUCAUGGCUUCUAGCAAGUUCAAGAGUUUGCCAAUGGAGGCCUUCGAGUGUCCCGACACGCCGCCGGCCGACUACCCCAAGGGCUACCCUGCCAUGGACGUCAUAAACCACUGGAACCCGGACGAUGCCGAACAAGUUCCGCCGCUACACUAUCUCUCUACAUGCAGGUUCGACUACCAGCGAGAGCUGGCCAAAGCGGAGAGGUACAGCGCCGCGGAAAAGCCAUUCAUUUUGUACAACAUUCCUUCGGUGGAUGCUGCGUCUGGGCGAUGGAGUGACCCGGCUUACAUGGAGAAGAUUUUCGGGGCCACAAGAAAGUAUGCCACGGAGCACUCCACGGACAAUCACUUCAUGUACUUCAACCACAAACUGGCACAACAGGCAAAGCAUGGCCAGCACUCGGAACUCAACCUGACUGAUUGGAAGCCACCGACGGAUUCGGUAAACUUGAGCUACCGCGAGUGGCUGGACUUAGCCUUGAAGCACGGGAAGGGGGACGGAGAGCACUGGUAUUUCAGGGUCGGGGAUGCUAACAACAAGGUUGUGCUGAAGGAGAUGGAGAUUUUCCAGAAGCCAGAGAAUGGGGAAGGAAACAUUUUCCUGGUAGACCCGCGUGGGCAAAGGGGUAUCCACUGCAGAUUCGGCAUGCCUGGGGUAAUCGCUGAAGCGCAUUUCGACGGCAGCCGCAACAUGGUGGCCAUGGUUUCGGGGGUCAGGCGGUGGAUCAUGGCUCACCCGAACCAGUGUAAAAGCAUGUAUCUCCUUCCGAGAGCCCACCCGUCGGGCAGGCACAGCGAUGUCGACUGGAGUAACCCGGACUUGGAGAAGUUCCCCGAGUUCCCGAAGACGCUGAUAUCCGAGGUGCUGCUUAAGGCUGGAGAAGUCCUGUACGUCCCUACUCAAUGGUUCCACUACAUCUCCAACAUCGGCAUCAACGCACAAUGCAAUAGCCGAUCAGGCAUUGCCAUGGACUACGACGGUGAUCUGGACAAGUGCGGCUUCGGCUCACAUCACUCCAGUCGCCGCCCUUCAAGGUCGAGAAAGCCCGUCAAGAAGAGUCUUUAUAACUGACACCUCUUGGACAUGGGAGACGAGAAAGAAUUUUUUUUUCAUGCGGUCAGUAUGCCAUCCGUCUUUUCCAUGUCGGCUCCAGGCUGUAUCCUGUUUGAUGGUCUUAGAUCAUGUGCCUGUGGUUGGAUUGUGGUUGAAUGGUCAGGGUGGCCGGAUUGUUGGCACGAAGAACAUUAGUGUCGAGGAGUGAGCAGCUCCAGCAAAGAGCAAACAGCAAACAGCGCGGCUGUGCCAUGUAGCGCCUGCGCAGGACAGACAAACUUGGUUGCAUGUGCGGGGACUCCUCGAACUCCAAAGAGGGCUUCACUUCACCCUACUCCCCUUACGUGUCUAAUAGAAGAGAUAAAACGUCUUCUCCUUCCAAGAAAAGGACACAUUCGAACAUCCAUGCGAUCACGCUCAGUCUCUGUUGGCUCUUUUCAUCAAUCGUUGGCUUUCUCGAGUAGGCGGCAACGGUAAAGAUGGGUGAGGCGAGCAGUGUGUGUGUUCGAGUACUUCCCACCUAUGGCCGUCCCACGGAGCAAGCGUUCAUCUGGGGCCGAAUUAGAAUCACAAGCAGGCAUCCCGGGAACUACCACCCCGGUGGUGCGCAAUCAAUGCGUGCAAAUGAACGUAUGUGGAGGCAACCGCACGGUAACGCACAUUGUAUGCCAGCCCGCCAAAAUCGCGGGCAUGGCCUAAACGUACACCGGGACAAAGUAGCGUUCACAAGCGAGUGCUUGAUCACACGCCGAGAAACACAUCGCGCGCGUGCUCACACGCAGGGAAGCAUGGCCAGGGGAAAUGCAAUGGAUUUUGACAUCAGGAAAUUCAAGGGAUGGCCACAGCGGCCGUGAUUUGGUAAGGGAACACAGCGAAGCAGCAGAGCGGCAAAGGGAUACAAGCAUGUAACACCAGGACUCACACGCGCGCGAGCGCGUGCUCACGGAUUGUACACCAUGUAACGAGUCUUUAGCACAUAACGGUAGAGAUCUAAAGUGUGCAAUCAGUAAGUACGUAUAGCUCCCGUUCAUGGCACUGUGCUUCUGGCGCAAGAAAGGGAAUUAAACAACUGUGCUCUUGAGAGGUAUUCUCUCAUGCAGCGAUGCACACACACUGACCUCUCUUUGUGCAAUCGAACGACUGUACCGAGUGUGAUGAGUAGUGAAGAUACUCGUACCAGCUCUAGUGGCCGGUUUAGUGUCGGAGCAAAGGCCUCCUUGUGGAUGUUAUGGUCUUAUCUUUAAGUGCAAGCUCAGGAUGGUAGCUUGGUUGUGGGCAGAGGAGGGCGAGUCCAGACAACUCUUUCAGAGGCUCCGCCGAAUGCGGCCAACUACCUCUGUGGGGGUGUACUUGCGAGGGAGCAAUGAAUGUCUCGAACCGUAACACAUGUUUUCUGCGUGCCGAGACACUGAGCUCGGCGAUCGCGGAACGGGGGAGGGCGAGAAGAGGGACAGAAAGUGUGUCCACGCCGCGUCGCUUGUGUUUUCCUCCUCCCCGCCUCCGACCAGGAAAGGACACUAGGACUUUAUUUUCGCCGUUCAGAACCAGUUUCUGGAGUAGUCUAGUUCGCGCCAACACUACAUGGAGACUCGGCAGAUGACACCGGUGUGCACCAUCGUAUGUCAGCGGUCAGAUACGGGAGCUCCUCUGUCUGUGUGUGUUCCACGUUCGUUCCAAUUCAGCGUUGCAAUGCGACAGCAGCACAUAUGUAUACUUCGCCCUUUGAAGACAUGAGGCACAACCACCUCUGUUGCUUACCGCCCUCGAAGGGUG